UAUCAUGCAUGUGAGAGAUCAAAUGCCUAAGAUAAUUUGAGCUUCUAAAGAAAGAGCUGCCUUUCCUCUUCAAUUAUUGAUUGAGUAGUUCUUCAUAAAGACAGAGGUAAUUAGCUCCUUAAUCUAAUUUUGGUCUUAUAGAUUGUCUCCACAGACCUCAUCAGAUCAAAUACUUGAGAAAUUUGGAGCUUUGAUGAGCUACCUUGUCCUAGAAGGAUAUUUGAUUCUAAUCAUUGGACGAAGCCAUGGCAGAUAUUAUUGCUAUGUUCAGCAGAUGGGCGAAGUCAGGGUUAUUGGCUCUUUUAGAUGGAUCUUCAUCUUCAUCUUCAUCAGUGGAACCUACACGAGGCAAUGCUUUAGAUGAGUUCCAGAGGAUAAUGAGAAUGCUACCGAGGAUCGAAGCAGUGCUUGAAGAUGCAGAGGAAAGAGAGAUACAAGACAGAUCUGUGAAGUUAUGGCUUUCAGAGCUCAGGUGCUUGGCUUAUGACAUUGAUGAUGUAAUCGAUGAGUAUGAGUAUGAUGUGCAGAUAGCCCAGAUGGAAGCCAGAGCUGCAGAAGAGUCCUACCACCAUGGCAAGCGCAAGCGAGGCGAUGAUGAACGUUAUGGUCAGAUUGAGCAUUUAGAAGGUCUUAAUACAUUAGCAUCCUCAUCUUAUCAAGUUCCAGCAGUUUCUGAUGGCAUGGUUGAGAAGCUAAGGGAGAUUCGGGAAAGAUUCGAUGAGAUUGAAAGGGAUCGAAAGGGACUUCGUUUAAGAGAGGACGAUGGUGUGAGGCGAACUGUUAGUGCACAAAAUUAUCGGCUUACCAGCUCUCUCGUCGAUGAAUCAAAUAUAAUCGGGAGAGAGAGUGAGAAAGAGAAGAUUGUGAAGUUAUUGCUCUCAGACGUACAAGUGAGCAAUAAAAUUACAGUCAUCCCAAUAGUUGGCAUGGGGGGUGUGGGGAAGACAACGCUGGCCCAACUCAUUUAUAAUGAUCCUAGAAUUCGUCAGUAUUUUGAUCUACGGAUAUGGAUCUAUGUUUCUGAGGAUUUUGAUCUUGUGAAAUUAACCAAAGAGAUAUAUAGAUCCAUAACUAACAAAUCAUGUGAGGAGCAUGUUGGAUUUGAUUAUCUUCAAGAUUCCAUUAAAAAAGAACUGAUGAAAUUUAAAAGAAUGUUUUUGGUGUUGGAUGAUGUGUGGAAUGAGAAGCAAUUUCUCUGGGAGUCCCUAAAAGUCCCAUUUCACAAUGCAGGCGUUGUGAAUAUUUUGUUGACAACCCGAAAUGAAAAGGUUGCAGAUGUCAUGCGGACUAUGAACUACUGUCGUUUGGGCUUUCUUUCCAAAGAUGAAGGUUGGCGAUUGUUCAAUCAAUAUGCUUUAUGUGGUGAUGAGAACCUGAUGAGGAUUGGCCAAAAAAUUGUAAACAAAUGUGAUGGAUUACCUUUGGCUAUAAAACUACUUGGAAGCCAUCUUCAAUUUGAAAGAGAUGAAGAUAAGUGGAUGAGCAUCUUAGAAAGCGAGCUUUGGGACUUGGAUCCAGGGACAAAUGAAAUUUUUCCUGCUCUUAAACUGAGUUAUCAAAGGAUGCCGAUUCACUUGAAGCCAUGCUUUAGGUACUGUUCUUUAUUUCCUAAAAAGCAUAUUCCUGAUAAAAAUUGCCUUGUAUGGUUGUGGAUUGCACAGGGCUAUAUCCAACCAAAAAUAAGAGGCAAGACUAUGGAGGAGACUGGUAGAGAGUAUUUAGAUGAACUCUUGGGGAGAUCGUUCUUUCAAGCAACAGAAUCUACAGACUAUUUCGAGAUGCAUGACUUGAUUUAUGAUUUGGCAGUUUUUAUUUCUGACAAUGAGUUCAUCAGUAUGAAAUUAAAUGGUGGCAACCAAAAUAUAUGCAUAUCAAAUAAUGCUCGCCACUUAGCUGUACAUGAUGAACCAACAAAUAAUGAAGCACUAAAAGACAUUAUAGCGUUCCCCUUUCUUAGCAGGCAUGUUGCUCUUCGUUCUAUAUUUUGUUAUGCCAGAAGAAUAAUCAAUUAUUUUCAACUUUCGGAUUCAACACGAUUGCGAGUACUUCAUAUUGAAAUCGAUCAAUUUGUUUCAAACUUUACAAAGUUUAUUGGUUCAACUGCCUCAAUGAAGCAUUUACGCUAUCUUUACAUUCAUGCUUAUGCACGGCGUCCUCUUUGGGAAGAUGUUGCUCUUUCAAGCUUAUUCAAUUCAUUACAUAGUAUGGUUAAUGUGAAAGUGUUGGACUUGUCUGGUGUUCAUUAUCCUAUAAUGUUACCAGCAAGCAUAAAAAAUUUUAUCAACCUUCGACAUUUGAUUCUACCAGAUGACUCUUUCAUGCCAUGUGGGAUAAGCAAGUUAACUUGUCUCCAGACAUUAAAAAAAAUAGUUGUACAGGAUGGAAAUCAUGAAAGUGGUGGACUAGGUGAGAUAGAAAACUUAGCAAGCCUUACAGGGAGUUGUUGUAUAUGUAAUAUAAAAUAUGCAAAUAAUGUUGAGGAUUUCAAGAAGGCAAAUAUUAAUGGGAAGAAGCAAAUUAGGAGACUAUUCAUAGAUUGGCAUAGUACGAUGAUUUAUUCUUAUCUUAUUCCAUUUGAUGUUUGCAUAUAUUUUGAAGCAAAUGAUAAAGUAAAGAAACAAAGUUUUGAGUUGGAAGAGGUGAAACUUGAGGCAUUGCGGCCUCACAACAACCUCAAAAAAUUAGAGAUACAUAAUUACCCUGGGAUACUAUUCCCAUUGUGGCUUGGUGAUCCCUCGUACUGUAAGUUACAAGAUAUAACCCUUCAAGGAUGUAAUGAAUGGGAUGGAUCAGGUAGAGUGCUGGAUAGAGAUCUCCCAUGUCUUCGAAGUAUUUUCAUCUUGGAUUGUGCUAUGUUAAAAAAUAUAAAAAUAGUGCAGUCAUCCUCACUUAGAAGACUACUUGUUGAAGAAUGCCCAAAUAUAACAUCAUUGCAUGGGCUAUGUAGUUUGCAUAGACUUGAAAAGUUAGAAAUCAGGGGAUGUAAUAAUCUCUUGAUCUCUGCGGAGGAGAUACUUCCUUCUAAGUUGCAAUUUGUAUGUUUCAAAGAUUGCUGGGAGUUGACAUCAAUACCAGGCUUGCAAAACCUUCCUUCACUUAAGGAAUUGAAGCUAAUUAGAUGCCCGAAACUUGAACUCACUUUGGAAGAAAAGCUUUCAACCAUACCUAGUGUUUUGAAGAUUGCUAAUUGCCCUGGAUUAGAAAAGUGGUGCCAAAUAUAUGGAUUCAAAUAUAUUCAGGCUGGAACUUAUGAAGAAUGCUCUAGCGGAUCAAGUGAUUAUUCUGAUUAUGACAUAUGAUCAUUGUGGGAAAGCAAAAUGCAUGAGGAGCGAGUUUAUGCAUGGAUUAGGCUCUCAGGCUUACAAAAUCGAGGGAUAGUGCUCUACUUGUGCUGAAGCUUCUCAAUAAGCACUCAGGAGGGCAUGGUAAGCCAACAAGUUACUACUCGGAAAGCAGUGCAAGAGCAUAUCCAAAAAUCACAAGUGGACAUGUAAAUGUAGCAUACUUAGAUUAUGGAGAAGCUUCAGAGAAUGAGGGAGUGGUUCAAUGGAAAAUAACAUGCAGUGGCAAAGGAGAGUGACGAUGCAGAUUGAUUCUAAGUAUAUUGUCUGUGAUUAUAAUUAAUUUGUAUUGUUGGUAAGUGUUUGAUAAUUGUAGAACUAUUGAACUUUUGUACUUUUUAAGAAUAAUUUUUUACAAUGUUGAAAUAUUAGAUUAUCUAAACUGUUGUGAGUA